CAGCUGGACGCGGCUGGACACGGCUGGGCGCGGCGGCCCGGCCCGGGGGAUGCUGCAGAGCCCCGGCCCGGCCCGGCCCGCACAUGAUGGCCAUCCGGGAGCUCAAGGUGUGCCUUCUCGGGGACACCGGUGUCGGGAAGUCGAGCAUCGUGUGCCGGUUUGUGCAGGAUCACUUCGACCACAACAUCAGCCCCACCAUCGGGGCGUCCUUCAUGACCAAAACUGUGCCUUGUGGAAAUGAGCUUCACAAGUUCCUCAUCUGGGACACUGCUGGUCAGGAACGGUUCCAUUCCCUGGCGCCCAUGUACUACCGAGGGUCGGCCGCUGCCGUGAUCGUGUACGACAUCACCAAACAGGAUUCAUUCCACACGCUGAAGAAAUGGGUGAAAGAACUGAAGGAACAUGGCCCAGAACGCAUCGUGGUGGCCAUCGCAGGGAACAAGUGUGACCUCUCAGACAUCAGGGAGGUCCCCCUGAAGGAUGCGAAGGAGUACGCCGAAUCCAUAGGUGCUAUCGUGGUCGAGACCAGUGCAAAGAAUGCCAUUAACAUCGAGGAGCUCUUUCAAGGAAUCAGCCGCCAGAUCCCACCCUUGGAACCCCACAAGAACGGGAACAUAGAUUGCAUCAAGGUGGCGAAUCUGUCCUCGCAAGGGGGCCGGCGGUGCUGCUGACCAGGGGCCACCACGCUCAGUGCUGGAGGAAGCAGGAGCCAUGUGCUGCGCCCUCCAGGGACCCCACUCUUGGGGGCUGGCAUGGCACUCGGAGAACUGAGCUGGCAGCUUCCCACCCUGGAACACCUGCAGAGACCGAGGCAGGAAAUGUCCCUGAAUGGGGACUUUAUAGAACUCUGGGGAAACCCACCACACCACCACAACGUGGCCCUUGGAGCGUGAGAUACACACCGGAGGAAUUAUACUUAUUAGGCAAUAGGUAUAGUUUCCUUUUUAACAUUAGAAAAAGUUUGGAUUUGUACCCAAAUUUUAAAGUACUGUUAUCUGGUUUCCUAAGUCACCUCGCCAGAGUCUGGGACGUUUUCAGUGCCCUGGCCUUUGUGCCCUGACCAGCCUUCACUGAAGGACAGAGUCACUGUAGAAGGUCAGGUUUCACUGGCUGUUGAAGCCAGCCUUUAUUUAUCAGUGUUCUGAAGGAAGCCAGAGUAGCGUGACUGGACCACCGUGGACGCUGGCCUGAACUGCGGUAAGAGAGACAGGUCUUAGCAACUGUCAUGGACAUCUCUCCGUCUGAUGGAUGAACAUUUUCCUAACUUUUGAAAACAAAAUCAGACCAAAAAUCAUACAUGAUUUUGGGAUUGGGAGGCCCAGUUUGAAAGUCAGCGAAGUCCUCACCAUGUGAAGAGUGGCAGAGGGAGGGUGCGGAUGUCACUCAGGGGACCACCUGGCCCACAUCUGCUCCACGGUAGUAAGGCCCUACUCUCUUGCAGACAUUGAAUGCACAGAGUAAUGUUUUCCUAAGAGAAUGUCUUACGGUAUCAUGUCCAGGGGGUACUAACUGGAGGGUGCUGGAAUCUAAAUUGUAGGACAAACAUCUAAUAAUAGCAACUAAUCCUGAGUGACUGCAAAGCCAGCCCAAGGAAAGAUUGCCACCUUAAAGAUCUAGACCCCCAAAGCUCUAAGACCAGAGAGGGCAUUUUAAGCGCUGCCAGGCUAGGGGAGGAAGGUAGCAGGCACAUCAGUCCAGCCCGGGAGUGUCCGUGAACUGGGAAGAGGCUCCUGAAAGCCUCUCUUCCCAGUUGAUUAGAGACACUGACUCCAAGGGAAGUCAAGGGAGGAAAGCAUGGAAAAGAAGAGGAGCUUUUUCACUGAAAAUUCAGAUCCUGUUCCUACUCCAGCUUUCAAAGAAUCUUGGGAUUGAGAAGCAGUUGGUUUCCUGACCGGGCUUCUGUUGAGGAGUGGGGCCAGGAAAACCAUGAACCCUGGUGAUCAUCCUGCUGUGUGUGGGCACUGGCCAGCUGGUAUCUUCUGUGCCGUGGGCAUUCAACGGCCAGCAAACCUUCCGUGAUGAAGCUCCGGGAGAGAGAGCUACGUGCUUCACCCCAGGGAUGUGCUGCCAAGUGGACUGCCCACCCUGGGGGAGUUGAUUGACAGUCUCAGGAUGUGACAGCAGGAAACACUCGUUUUGGUUGUAGCAUGACCUUGGCUGUCCCACAUAGUGCCUCAGAAACUGCUAGCGAGUGGCAUUUAAUGUCUUGGCUGGGCCCUUGCAAGGGCUCCUGGGGUUUUCCACGUUGCCAGCAUAACUGGCUGGCUCGAUUUAUUUGCAAGCCAGGAUGUUAUCUUGCCUCUUGCCAACAGUUAAAAUAAAGAACCCACGUUGAACCUUGAAAUGACGCUCUGCAGGAGACGGGCAGGCUAUGUUGGACUCUCCUCUCUGAGGAAACCUGCGCUUCUCUCUAGCCAGAGACUCGGGCUCAGGAGCUGACACGGCACAGGCCCAGGGCAGUGCCGCAGCUCCGGACGAGGUUCUUGGUGUUGCAUCUUGCAGAAGGUGUCCAGUCUUGACCACAAGUCGAGAGCUGGCCAUUAAUGAGCCCCUGGUCCUAUUUCGGGAGCACACAGGGUGUAAGCCCUCUCUUACCUUGCUCUGUGCCUUGGCUAUUGUGGCCAGUCUGAGGACAAAGUGCACUUGGCAGCAGGCAGAGCAGGCGGCACCUGGGCAUGGGCACCCUGACGCUGUGCCUCCUCUGCAGAUGGCUGCCCAGGCCUGUUCCCCAGGAGGCUCUUGCCCUUUUUGCUGCCCAGGCCGAUCUAUCAGUGAGCCCUGACCUCCACGGUACAGAAAGGCCUGGGAAUCGCCACUGUCCCACAUGUCAAGCAGUGUCAUAGGAGGCCCUGUCCCUGCCAACAUUUUCCAAAAUUGGCUCCUUCCCCAUCCUCCUCCACAGGUGGUCAUGUGUAUAUGUGUAAAUAGGACUUGGUGCUGGUUGUGCCAACACAUAAUUCAGUUCACUCUGGCUUGGUUUGGCUCUCGACCGUGCCUUCUGUCAGACUGGCAUGGGCUCUCACAGGGGUCGUCCCCAGGAACAUCUGGUGGCAGCAGAGUAGUGAAAACAUCUUGGGUUGGGGACAGAAUCGACUUCCACGUGGUGGUUAAAAUGGCCCCAUGGGUGCUGAGCAGACCUGGCCUUGCAGACUGAAAGGCUGCAGACCUAGGUGUAGCCAACAGUGAGGGCUGUGCCAGGUUCCUGGGAGGCUGGUGACUGGCGGUGGCUGAAGCUGAGCUCAUGGCAAGUUGAGUGAUGGGCUCUGAGCCGCGUUCAGACCUCACAGGGUGUAGACUGCUCUGUGGGCCUCACUGCGAAGCUGGUCAUGCAGGGCAGUGCCCUGUCCUGCCCUCGCGGCCUGACCUGAUCUUUCUGUAAAGGGCUUCCUCUGUCUGGGCUGGACCCAGUUCUCGAUCUGCUGCAGGCCGCGCGCCUUGUAUGCUCCUCCGCGCGAAGCUCCCUCAGCAGUGCCCGACCAUGUCUAUUAUUUUUGGAUUUAACACACUGAUUCAUACUAAUAAAUAUUCUAAGUUUUA